CAUGGAAAUUGAAGAAGAUAAAUCAGGCGAUCAGUGCAAAGACUUGAAAGAUGCUCUGUUGGAAUUUUCAUUGGAACAUCAUCGAAAUGAUUUGGUAGACGUUUUACUUCAUGAAGAUCAGAAUGACCACUUUUCCAUAUCUGUAAAUGCUUUGACACUGUUUGAGAACAACAUGAUGGUUUGUGACGUGCUUCUGUCAUGUCCAGAGAAGACCUUGAGGUUCUUUGACCUUGCUCUCCUGGAAGCCCAGAGUGUUGUUAUGGAAACACACUCAGAGAAAGAUGAUAUGGGUGUGAAGAAAAAUAUCCAUGCCCGAGUGAUGUCACUUCCUGUUUGUCCGGAGCUACACAGAACCACACUACCUAGGGCGGGGGAUGUUGGGAACUUUCUCGCUAUCACAGGAACAGUGAUAAGAACGACAGUCAUGAAAAUGUUGGAGUAUGAGAGAGACUUUCUGUGUACAAAGUGCAGAAAUGUCUGUACCGUGCAAGCAGAUUUAGAGCAGUUUUUCAAUCUUGCCAAACCCAGCAAAUGUUCCAAUGAAACGUGCAAUUCUUUCAACUUCACCUCGCUUUCAGACACAGGGGGUCAGCCACAGAAGUGUCGAAACUAUCAAGAGAUUAAGAUCCAGGAACAAGUCCAGCGUCUGGCCGUGGGGACCAUCCCAAGGUCAAUGUGGGUCAUCGUGCUGGAUGAUCUAGUGGACGGAUGUAAAGCUGGUGAUGAUGUCAUCAUCUGUGGCACAGUGAGAAGAAGAUGGCGACCUUCGUCUGUGGACUCCAAAUGUGACAUCGAAAUGGUUCUAGAGGCAAACCACAUACUGGUUACUAAUGAACAGAGGAACACGGUGCUGGUCACUCAAGAACUGAAGUCUGAGAUUAUAAAGUUUUGGGAGGACAACAGACAUGACCCUCUGACUGCCAGGAAUCAGAUACUGGCCAGUCUCUGUCCACAGGUGUAUGGAUUGUAUGUGGUCAAACUGGCUGUGGCCCUCGUCCUAGCAGGAGGGGUCCAGCGUAUUGAUGAUUCUGGAACUAGAGUACGAGGAGAAAUCCACAUGCUGAUGGUGGGAGAUCCAGGUACUGGAAAAUCUCAGUUUUUGAAGUAUGCUGCCAAGAUAACCCCCCGAUCCGUGUUGACAACUGGGAUAGGCAGUACGAGUGCAGGGUUGACUGUGACAGCUGUCAAGGACAGUGGGGAGUGGCAAUUAGAAGCAGGUGCUCUAGUGCUGGCAGAUGGGGGACUGUGUUGUAUUGAUGAAUUCAACAGCAUCCGGGAACAUGACAAGGCUAGCAUUCAUGAAGCAAUGGAACAGCAGACCAUCAGUGUAGCUAAGGCUGGUAUGGUUUGUAAACUGGACACCAGGACAACUAUUUUAGCAGCCACAAAUCCUAAAGGUCAAUAUGAUCCAGAUCAGAGCUUAAGUGUAAACAUUGCCCUGGCCAGUCCACUACUGAGCAGGUUUGACCUUGUCCUGGUGCUCCUGGACUCACAGAAUGAAGACUGGGACAGAGUGGUGUCUAGCUUCAUUCUAGAAAACAAAGACCCUCUAGGAGAAAUUGACCCAAAGACAAUCUGGAGUAUGGAGAAAGUGCAGGCUUACCUCUCUCUCAUAAAAACAAUUGAUCCCCAACUCACCUCAGAUGCUACAAGAGUCCUUGGCCAAUAUUACAAAGCACAAAGAUUAGCAGAUGACCGUAAUGCAGCAAGAACCACAAUGCGUUUACUACAAAGCAUGAUUCGACUGUCACAAGCUCAUGCUAGGCUAAUGUUCAGGGAUGAAGUUACAGUGGAAGAUGCUGUCGUUGCUGUCACGUUGAUGGAAUCUACCAUGCAGGGUGCUGCAUUAUUAGGAGGUGUCAAUGCACUCCAUACAGCAUUUCCCGAGAGUGCCUUAGAAGAAUACAAAGUUCAAGCUGACCUUGUACUAAACAGGCUAGAAUUACAAGAUCUUUUACAACAGGAAUUUGAGAGAUUGGCGGCUCUUGAGGCAGCGAAAACCAUGGAAAUUCAAAAUAAAGUAAUGCAUGAAGAUACAAAUACUUCCAUAGCUUUUAGGAAUCAAAGGGUAGAGCAAAACAAACCAGAUUCUGAACCAGAAGAGUCACAUUUUACAAAACCAGCUCAGGAAGAAAACAAUGGUAAAAUAAAACCAGCUCAGGAAGAAAACUAUGGUAAAUUGUUGAAUGGAAAUCAAGAUCUGACCUCUGAUAAAGGGGAGGAGAAUGUCUGUGAUAGAUCACUCCAGGACUUGUUCAAUGUAAGCACAGCAGAUGGUGAUAUUUCUCUUGCAACAGAUAAUCACCCAAUGACCUCAACCCAGAUUCCAUCUGCUGGUUCAGGCGGUGGCAAACAUCAGUCAUUUGAUGUGUCUGAGGUAGCACAUCCAUUGACAAAUAUGAUUUCAAAGAUAAAUGUUUCACCAUCUGCUUUGAGCAACUCUUCUGAAACAGAAUGGCUUGCAGAAAAUGAAGACAAAGAUGAAAAGAGUUGUGGAAAAGAUCUGGAGGGAAAUGGUAGUAGAAGUGAAAAGCAAGCUGGAAAGCUUGUGUAUAGGAAGGAAAAAGAUCAAAACUUAUUGAUAAGAAAACAGAAGAAUAAAAAUUUGAUAAGGAAAUUAAAACAAAAAGUAGAUGAACAGAAAGACUGUGUCUUGAAUGAAAACUCUCCACAUAAUGGUAGGAAGGAUUUUAAUGCUGAUUUAAAUUUAAGCACAGAAGAUAGAACACAGUUUCCAGAACAGAAAAACGGGGAGACCAGGACUUCUGAAUCAAGUGCAGAUAAAGUUUCCCGUCAAACACCAACAGAGUCAGGUCAAAGGAAGAGAAUCUCUCCAUCAACAUUAACAAAACUGAAGAAAUUUCAGAAAGGAUCAGAUACAGAAUGUACAGAUUCAGACAAAAGCUCAUCAAUAAGUGAAAGUGGUAUUCAACCAUUUAGUAAAAGUGUUGUGGAAACCGACGUCUCAAAUAUACUUUCUCAAAGUUAUGAUGAAAAAUUACAACCGCAAUCUAGAAAUAUUUUCAAAGUAGACAAGGAAAGAAAGGCAAGUAAUGAAGAGAAUUCAACAGAUAUUCCAAAACCAUCGCAAAAUAGUGAUGGAAAAAGUGUGUUGUGUGGCCCAUCAUGGCUAACCAAAGUGAAUUCUUUCAAGUCCUCGAUUUUUAAGCUAGACUGUGAAGACACUGAAGAUUUAGAUGAUCUGAACCUUGAAUUUGAUUUUAAUCCAUCAAAGAGAGUCAAAAUAGGUUGAAAUAAAUUAAAAAAACAA